AUGGCACCAAAGAAAGGUGACACAAAAUCAGCUGCCAAGAAAGGCAAGUCAGAUGAGCCAAAGAAGGGCGGAAAGGAUGACAAGAAGGGAGCGAAAGAUGACAAAAAAGGUGGCAAAAAGGCUGAAGAGCCAACGGCAAAGGGUAAGGGAAAAGAUGAUGGGAAGAAAGGAAAAGGAAAGAAACCUGUCAGUGAGUCAGAAGAAAGUUCAGAAGAAGAAGAAGAGGAGGUUAUGUCCGAAGAAAAAGAAAGUGGUGACAGCGAAGAAGAGGCAAUAACCAAAAAGGCAGCCAAGGGGGAUAAAGGUAAAGGGAAGGCAGCCCUAAAAGGAGCAUCCAAAGCUAUGGCUAUGAAGCCUAAACGCUCAUCCCCUGAUAAUGAGGACGAAGUUGAUUCAAAGAGGAAGCCACAAGUUAAAAAAGGCAUGGAUGCAAUCAAUCUAAAAAAGAUGAGUGAUCUCAAAGGAGCCUCCAAGACCAUGAUGGGCUUGACUGCAGAGGGGCAAAAGAAGAACUUAGUCGUAAAGGUAGAUGCAAGAUCUCACCUUAAAGGAGCAUCCAAAAUUCUUACAGGCAUUACUGGAAAGUCUUCUCCUUUUAGCCUGCCUUCUAAACAAGCAGAGAAAGCAAAACCAAAGCGAAACCUUAAAAGUACCUCUCGCCUCUUUCUUCGACUUUCCAAAAAAAAGAAACCCCCUACUGGUAGUAAACCACUUCUUGGCAACAGCAAGCUUUUUGCUGGGUUCGGGGGGAAAUCUGGGACGGCAGACAAAAAACCUGGUCUGUCUGGUUUCGGCUUGUUUGGAAAAAAAGAUGAUGCCCCUAAAGAAACCACUUCUAAAAAGACAUUAAAUCUAUCCAACCUAGGAAGUAAAGGUAAUAAAAUGGCAUCUGAGGCAAAGGGAUUAGGAGGGAAGUUCAAAGGAAUGUUUGGAAAAAAGAAAACAGGACAAGGGUUUAAGAGUAAAAGCUGGAUGGUUGGUAGGAUGGCUGCAACAACUAACUGGUUGACUGGGAGGUUCCUGUCUUCUAUGGGUCAUGGUCGCCUUGGGGGACGAGCAGGACGACGGGGAAAAAAGAAUCUAUCCUAUGCUAGCAGGGACACCAGAGGGGGUCACACACAUUAUUACAAUGGGGCAGAGUAUGAUGAUAAUUAUGGAUAUGAAGAUGACUACCAGAACAGGUGUGGACAACAAGGCUUGGAAAGACAGGCAUUCAACUAUGACCCAACUGAUCCUUACAGAGAGCAACUAUACUAUGACGAUGAAGAGUGGGAAGAUGAGUUUGGCUACUAUGAUGACGAGGGCAACCUCUACUAUGAUGAUGAGCUUUACUAUGAUGAUGAUGUAGAUAACUAUGGUUACGCAUAUGAUUAUUAUGAUGAUGAAUAUGAAGACUACAAUGGCCAUGAAGGGGCAGAGUAUUACUAUGGAGAAGAUGGAUUUCUGUACUCUAUAGGACCAGACCCAUAUGGUUAUUAUAAUGAUGCCACAUAUGGUUUCAAUGACUCAUAUUACCCUGAGCAAUAUGUGGACUAUUUUGACCACAAUAUGGCUUCUAACUAUGGUAUGUUAAACUCAUAUGGCAUAAGAAAUGACACCUAUGAUGCAGUCUCAGGGUUAUAUAAUGGCCCAGUGCUAGCAUAUGCACAAAGUGCUCAAAUGUACAACCCUUAUCAGCAACAUGUCACCAUGAAUCCUGAGCUGAAUCCAGCUGAGACAGGACAGCUAUAUGGACAGGAACAGUUUUUUUCUCCUGUAGCUGAACCAUUUCCUUUAGAGCAGUUCAGAGUCCCAAGGCCUCAGGUUAUGUUGUUUGGAAAAGAGAGACUAGAGGUUGAACCUUUGCCACUGCCUCCACUUCAUACUCAACUCUCUUCCCAAAUGUUUGCUUCUUCCAAUCCAUCUUUGGCUCUCAACAACCAGGAAAUUCUGUCAGAUGUACAAUUUGACCAACCCAUCCCAGCAUAUCUUUCUGCACAAUCUCCUUUGCCCAUUGACAUAAAUCAGCAACUACCCACCAUUCCUCUUGGAGACUUUAUCCCAGCAGCUAUGAGCAAUCACCAAGAAUACUUUCCUUCUCCUCAGCUAAGUCAUGUCCCUUUUACCAUUCCUUCUAGUCACUUGUCCCCAUCUCCCCUACCACCUCAGUUUUACUCCCAGGUAUACCAGGUACCCCUACCACAGGACCUGCAAAUCUCACCCGGAGCCUCACAAAUGCAGCAACCAAUGUAUUCAACACUACAUUCACCAAUGGUCGCCCCUGUGUCAGUGCGAAAAAUGAGUCCCCUUCUAACUCCACAGCUCUCAUUAAGACCAGGAUCACAAAGGGAACCAGUGCAUCAUUCCCCCCAUUUCUCACCACAUCCAAUGGAGCUCCAACCAGGCUUUCGGUCAGACCCUUACUUUUCUCCUCGCCUACAUAGGCACCCUCACCAGGCCUCAAUGGCAAGCCAAAGACCCACAUCCCCAGUUGAAUGGCAGAGAACAUCAAGCCCCUCUUCCUCUCCACCACAGUAUAGGAGAGGGGUGUCAGUAAGAGCUCAACCAUCCUUGACACAAGGAAGAAGCAGAAUUGGGUUAAGCAGGGGUCCCUCCACUGUCAGACCCCAUUCUCCACUUUCUAGUCCACUGGUUUCGCCCCGAGGAUCACUGAGAAAAAGACAAAGUCCACCACCUUCCCCAAGAUUAUCUUUCAGACAGCAACCACCUCUAGAUGCAGUACAUCUGCCGCCUAUGAGACCGCAUACGUUCAAAGGGAGAAAGCAAACAUUUAUGAUGAGGCGUUCGCCUUCUCCACCACUUCCCUCUCCACAAAGACAGAGCCCAGUUCAGCCUGAAGCAUCUCAUUCUCCAUCAAAGUCAUUCCGCCCCGCUUCUCCCCAUCGUCCCCCCUCACCUUCACCAUCACGUGUCUCUGCUAAACCCCUCCCAACCCGUUCCUCUACCCGCAGGCUGAGAGGAGCUUCUGGAGUGAGAGGCCAUGUGCCUAUGGGAGCUGUGAAACCCUCACCAGCUAAUCCUUAUUUACAAAGACGCAGUAGACCUGGAUCCCCUGUAACUCAGCAAGUAGCCCCUUUUAGGUCAUCUAUACAUAGAGGUCAUGCCUCUCCUUCAGGAGGAAUAGGGUCUGGAACCACUAUGUUAGCUAGAUCAGGAUCUCGACCUGCAGGUUUUAGGAAAACCAAGCAAGCUGGUACUACCCAAGGAACCUUCCACAGACCUGUAGGUCGGGGACAGCCGCUAGUACGAAUGCCCAGAAACCAACAAUCUCUUCAGUCAAGGCAGUCAUUCAUCGCUUCUCCUGCACUGCCACCCGUCUCUCCUCAGCCAUCUGUAAAACAGAGUGGUCCUCUUUCUCCCCAGCUAUCAAUCCGUAGGCUGCAGAGUAGGCCCCCAUCCCCACAGCCUUUGCAGCGUAGAUCUCCUCUGCCCUCCCGUUCUGCCUCGCCCAUGUACCAUAUGUCUCACCCAGCUUCUCCCUUAACCGAUCGAUCAAUAAGACCCCACAGUCUAGGGCCAGCUUCUUGUCAGCCUCCUGUACCUCAGUCUAAUCUUCCUCAUGGUGUCCCCCUACUAUCAGAAAGUACUACUCAGUAUGGCUACUCCCUGAUAGAGCCAGGACCAUCCCCCAUGUUGACCAAUGCUUUACCAGGUUCCCAGGUUCUCCUUCAACAACUACCACCAUCGCCUAAUCUGGGACGUACACUCCAUAAUCCUUAUUUGCACAAUGCUGGCAAUACAACAUCUUUACAAAGAAUCCAUUCUCCCAUACCUGGAAUACAGGGAGAGGAAUCAGCUAUUGUACAAGAGACCCAGAUGGUAAACCCAUAUGGCCCUCAGGGUCUAUCCACUGCUUUGAUGCAGAAUUCUCGUUUACGCACUGCCUCAUUUUCAUCCCCUCUACAGCACAGUGCCAAAUUCCAUACAACUGUCCUGUCUCCCUCCGAAACAGCAACACCUCCAACCCCCUCCCCUCUCUCCUCGACACAUUUGUCCUCUAGUAUGCUUACAUCUCAGCUACGUAAUGCUUCUUUUGCAUCCCCUCUACAGCAAGACCUUUUCCCGGCUUCAGCCCCACCAGCUCCAGCUUCCAUCACACAUCCACAGGAAAGCAUUAGAGGUAGCUCCCCACUUUUCUCUGGAGGACUACGAACUUCCCAGAUCCAAGGGUCAAUGUUCAAGUUUCCAAGUGGUACUUUGACCAUGUCUAAGGGCCCCGUUAAAUCUACAGGUACAAAUGAUGCUGGAGGUAGUGUUGGUAAUGGAAGGCUGUCCCCCUCUGUGCUUUCCAAUGCUCUGCAGAACCCAAAUCUACGACAAGCCACGUACAGGCUACCUGAUGGCUCAUUGGUCACAAGAAAUGAAUCUGCUGAACUAGCUUCAGGUCUUUCCUCCUCCUCUAUGUUGUCCUCUGCCCUGUUAAACUCUAAUGUGCGUAAAGCUACAUAUAGGUUGCCAGAUGGAACUUUGGUUACAAGAAAAGAGCCAGUCCCUGUGUCUUCCUCCCCCAUGCUCUCCUCUGCCAUUCUUAAUGCAAAUGUCCAAAUGGCCUCUUAUCGACUACCAGGUGGAUCACUUUUAUCACGUCCAGGAGAGAAGACAGAGAGUGCUGAGAAUUCUUCAUCUUCACUUGGGCUGUCUAGUGCUCUGAUGAAUGCAAACCUCCGUAAGGCAAAGUUUCAGCUACCAGAAGGAUCAUCUCUGUUUUCAAGAAAUCAACAUCAAAGUCCUUCAAGCCCUCUCCUUUCUGGUGCUAUGUUAAACAGUACCAUCCGCGGUGCUUCUUACAGUCUCCCAAAUGCAUCAUUAUUGAGGCAGAGUGGCUGUGCUGAUACUUCUGAGCAACAUUCACUUGAUCUCUCUAAUGCUCUCCGCAACCAGAACCUCCGAUCUUCUUCCUACCGCUUGCCAGAUGGAACUCUCAUGACACGUUCUCAGGCUACUUCUUCACCUCAGUCGCUUGACCUAUCUAUGGCGUUAUCCAAAAACCCAAACCUUCGUGGGGCAAAAUACCGUCUCCCUGAAGGUAAUAUCAUGAUGCGGCUUGGGGCGCCUAGCACUCCUCAACCCCCUAAUCUUUCUGGUGCUUUACAGAAAUCUCACCUACAGGGGACCUCUUUCCGCCUACCUUCAUAUGCUGUAGUAUCACCACAUGUCCAGGGAGCUGGACCUGAACAACACUGGGCACAUGGCUCAGGAGCUGAAAGCAUACAGGAAGAUCUAGAUGUGUGGGGGGUUGAGAGAGUACUCCCUAAAGGGACAGUGCACAACCUCAACAAGUGGUCCAUGUACGGAGAUGGAGAGCUCCCUGAACACUCCCGGAGUCUAAUUAGACAAAGAGGCAAUGGGGAGGAGCCAGGGCAGUGGAAUCUUAACAGAGAAGGGGAACCCCAGGGGCAAUGGUUUGACAAGAUGUUUUCAAUCAGAAGCAUGCCCACAAUUACUCACCGGGAGUACAGGGAGGAAGAUGGUGUGGAAGAUAUGACUCAGUUGGAAGAAAUGCAUGAAGAGGGUGUUUUGCUGAAUUUAAGAAGAAGGUUUGACAGACAGCUUAUUUACACAUACAUAGGUAGUAUACUGGUGUCUGUGAAUCCCUACAAGAUGUACAACAUUUAUGGGACUGAUGUUGUGCUGCGGUACAAGGGCCGCGCUCUGGGAGAGCACCCUCCGCAUUUGUUUGCCAUAGCAAAUGCUGCUUACUCCAAAAUGAUGGAUGCCAAACAAAACCAGGUCAUAAUAAUCAGUGGAGAGAGUGGGUCUGGAAAAACAGAGGCUACCAAAUUCGUGCUUCGCUACCUGGCAGCAAUACAUCACAAGUCCAAUCCUAUGCAACAGAUUGAGAUUCUUGAGGCAGCGCCUCUGCUGGAAUCCUUUGGAAAUGCCAAAACUGUGCGAAACGAUAAUUCCAGCCGCUUUGGGAAAUACAUAGAGGUCUAUCUGGAGGAUGGUGUAAUCAGUGGUGCCAUAACCUCUCAGUAUCUACUGGAAAAGUCCCGUAUUGUCUUCCAGGCCAAAGAUGAGAGGAACUAUCACAUCUUCUAUGAGAUGCUGGCAGGUCUUCCUUCUCAGCAGAAGCAGGGGUUCUACCUGCAAGAUGCUGAAACCUACUAUUACCUCAAUCAGGGAGGGGACUGUUUGAUUAGAGGGAAGAGCGAUGCAGAUGAUUUUCGACGUGUGCUCUCUGCCAUGGAAAUCCUUCACUUCACCCCUGAGGACCAGUCUGCGAUCUUUAGAGUCCUCUCGUCCAUAUUGCACCUGGGCAAUGUUUACUUUCAGAGACAUGAGGCUGAUGGCCAGGAGGUGGCGUCAGUGGUGAGCGCACAGGAGAUCCGGGUCGUGGCAGAACUGCUUCAGAUAUCACCAGAAGGACUACAGAAAGCCAUUACUUACAAAGUUACGGAGACAAUGAGGGAUAAAAUCUACAGCCCUCUGAGUGUAGAAAAUGCCGUAGAUGCUAGAGACGCUGUUGCCAAGAUUCUGUACUCGCUUAUCUUCCAAUGGUUAACGGAAAGGAUUAACGCUCAGGUGUACCCUCGCCAACACAGCCUCUCCAUCUCUAUUCUGGACAUUUAUGGAUUCGAGGAUCUGGCUUUUAACAGCUUCGAGCAGCUUUGCAUUAAUUAUGCAAACGAAUACCUGCAAUUCUUCUUCAACAGGAUCGUGUUCAGGGAGGAACUGGAGGAGUACAGCAGAGAGCAGAUCCCAUGGCAGGACAUUACUUUCAAUGACAACCAACCCUGCAUUGACCUCAUCGCCGCUAAGCCUCAUGGGAUAUUGAGGAUUCUGGAUGACCAGAGCUGUUUUCCCCAGGCAACAGACCACACUUUUCUACAGAAAUGUCACUAUCACCAUGGCCACAAUCCGCUGUAUAUGAAGCCAAAGAUGCCGCUCCCAGAGUUCACCAUCAAGCAUUUUGCUGGUCGGGUCACCUAUCAGGUUUAUAAGUUCCUUGAUAAGAACUAUGAUCAGGUCCGACAGGAAGUUCUGGACCUGUUCAUUCAGAGCAGAAACAAGAUGGUGUCAAACCUGUUCCUGGCUCAUGCAGCCUCCCUUGGUCAGCAGAGAGGAGGCCACAUGAGGAAGAGCAGCUCAGUCACCAGGAAGUACCAGCCACCCACCGUCAGCAGCAAGUUCCAACAGUCCCUGCUGGAGCUUGUGGAAAAGAUGGAGAGGUCCAACCCUUUUUUUGUUCGCUGCAUUAAGCCAAAUAAUAUGAAGCGACCAGCCGUGUUUGAGGACGAACUGGUCAGCAGCCAGCUGCGACACUCCGGGGUCCUGGAGACCAUCAGGAUCCGCAGAGAGGGCUAUCCGGUCAGAAUGCCAUUCUACAUCUUUCUCUUCAGGUACAAGUCUCUGGUUGGGCUUAAACAGGCACCAGCAGCAAACGAAGAAAACUGCAUAAUUAUGUUGAGUAAACUGUGUCCCCUCCGACCAGGAGCCUUCUACAUUGGUGUCACUAAGCUGUUUUUAAAGGAAGACAUCUACCAGCUGUUGGAGUGCAAACGAGAGAGAUCCCGAGAGCUUGCUGCUCUCACUUUGCAGCGUUACGCCCGCAUGUUCUUUGUCAGGAAACGCUUCGCUGCCUUCCGUAAAAAAAUCAUCGGGUUUCAGGCCCAGUGCCGGGGCUAUCUUCUUAGGAAGCGCUACGUGAAAAUGAGGGAGAGUCUGGUCCGGUUCCGCUCUUAUGUGCGAAUGUAUGUCAACCGCAAACAAUAUAUCAAGAUGAAGUUUGAAGCUAAGAGAAAAGCUGAAGAAGAAAGAAGGAAGAGAGAGAUGGAGCUGACAAAGCGGGAAGUGGUUAAUGUAACACAUCUUGUGAUUCCUGCAGAACUGGGUGCUCUACUGCAGACAGCAUCAGUCAGGAGGGAGCUGCAUGCGGACUGUUUGGCCUUGCUUCAGGCUCCUCACAUCCAGGAAGAUGCUCAGCUCACUUUGCCUCUGGACAUCAACAACUACCCUUUUUACCGCUAUGUACAGGUCCACUUCAGGGAACCAAAAUUUGGGAUGCUUAUGGCCCCUCUGGAGUUACCUCUAACCAAGGUGGAGGACGACCUCAGAAAGGAGGCUCUGGAGCUUUUUAACAUGGUUUUGCGGUUUAUGGGGGAUCCUCACCUGAACGGGGCUCAGGAAAACUUGUUUGGGAAUUACAUCAUCCAAAGGGGUCUGACAUCAGCGGGUUUACGAGACGAGAUCCUGGCUCAGGUCGUCAAUCAGGUUUGGAGAAACACAAACUCUGAAAAUGCAGAGAGAGGCUGGCUGCUGCUGUUGGCGUGCGUUUGCAGCUUCGCCCCAUCACCCAAGAUGGAGAAACAUCUACUGAAGUUUGUGUCAGAUCAUGCCCCUGCUGGCUGCCAAGUGUUACUGCAGCACAGACUCAUCCAAGCCAAUCAGAAGAUGCAGCAGAGCUCAGGCUCCUUCCCCGAAGCUGUGCGGACCUAUCCACUGUCACUGCUGGAGUGGACGGCCAACAGAAAGAAGGCGAACAUUGUGUUGCACGUGCACUGCUUUGAUGGAGGAUCUUUCUUGUGUCCAGUUCAUUCUUGGACCAGCGGGGAGGAUGUAGCAGGACAUAUCCUGCGUCACAGAGGAGUUUCCGACUGGUGGAGGGGGAGUUCGGUUCUGAUGAAGGAGCACAGCCAGUGGGUGGAGUUAGCCGGUCAUGACUACGUGCUGGACCUGAUAGCGGACUUAGAGCUUCCUGUGGACUUUCCCAAGCAGAAGAGUUACUUUAUCAUCAGCACUGAUAACCCAGCUAGAGUCAGAGCUAAUGCCAGCCUCACCUUGUUAGGCAGCGGGUUUGACUCAGACGAGGACCUUCCCUCUUCCUUUCCUCUCAGCAGCAGCAGACCAGCCUACAGCCUGCCUGACUCUGAUGGUUACUACAGCCACGCAGAGUCAGAUACGUUCAGUGAUGGUCAGACCCAGAGAGGAAUGGACCGCUACCUGGACAGCCUGUUUGACCCUGUGCUAUCAGACGAUGGCAUAAACAUGGAAAAGACUGGUUUGUCUACAAGAAUGAAGGGAGGAGGAGGCGUGGGCAUCGCAGGAGAAGGUCGUGGAGAGGGGCAAACAUCUCCUACUCGGCCUUAUCCACCGGGGAUACAUCCUGGAGCCGUCCCAGUGCUGCCAGUAGCUGGAGGAAUGAUGCCCCCCAUGCCAGUCCCCUCCCAUCACCAUCACCAUGAACGACAACAGCAACAAGAGCAAGAACCAAAGCAGGCCCAGUACCACCAAUAUAACCGUCCCCAACAACCCUACCCCCUACCUUCUUCCUCCACACCCACUCCUGCCACUCGAGUAGCACCUACUCCUUCGCCCUCUCGCGCCCCCACUCCUUGGUCCACAGUUGUCACAGCAGCGGAUAAAGAAACAGAUGCAUCAUCUCAUGUCGGGGGGGUCCCGGGUCUGCCGGGGAUGCCCGCACUCCCAACGAUGCCCCCAGUUCGAGGUUUACCUGUGAUGACAGGUGUGCCAGGAUCGGAGGAGAUGGUGCUGACUCAGCAGCAACAAGCCAUCAUCAACCAGCAAGCUAUCAUUCUGGCCCAGCAGAUGACCAUGCAAGCCAUGGCGAUCCAGCAACAGAUGUUGUCUUCCUUCCCUCCUGUUGCUCCGGCCCCCCGGUCACCACCAUUACACCACCACACAAACCUGCCGCAACACUCACACACACACAGCCCUACCAAAGAGAACAGCGAGUCACACAAACCCAGCCCUGCUUCCGUUCAUCGGAAAACCAGUAUAACACAUCGGCUCCCUCCUGAGGAUGUAGUUAGAUCCAGUGUGAGCAACACAGAGCGUAUUGAUCCGAGCCACGACAUCAAAGAUAUAAUCAAACAGCACCAGCCCACAGGCACAACAUCCUCUCCUGGGUCUCCAACUCAAAGGAAAAGUGAUGGGAAGAAGUUUGCCAGAAAACCUGACCCUCAUGAUGAAGCUAUGGAAAUCCUUAAAGAUCAAAUGGCAAACCCCCCGCAACCGUCACAAAAGAAGACCCAACCAUCUCAACCUAAGGAAGAGGAAGGAGUUAAAGCUAUAAAGGUAGCCAAGCCUCGACCUGCAGAGCCAGCAACCAGCCUCAGCAUGACCCCAACCCAUCCUCCAGUCUCUAGAGAUUUACCAGUAGAAGAGGAGAAUAUUCAGACUCAACUCCACAGCAAAACCAGUGAUGAAUAUUAUACCUACUCUAAUGUCCCCUGGAAACUCUUCAUGAGGAAGGAAGUUUUCUAUCCAAAAGAGAACUUGAAUAAUCCCCUUAUCCUGGCCCUAAUGUUCAGACAGGUUGUACACGAUACCUUCUCUGAGGCUUGCGUCCGCAUCACCCAAGAAGAGAGACAGAAGAUGAAAGACCUUUUUGCCGAGAACAAAGUGGAUCAGGCUUCAGGAACGAAUGAUGAAAAUGUGAAGAAAAAAGUGGUGGCCAUGGCCAAAGACUCUUGGGAGAUCUACUUCUCCCGCCUCUUCCCCGCCUCUGGCAGUGUGGGAACAGGAGUCCAGGUCUUGUCUGUGUCGCAUAAAGGCAUCAAGCUGCUGAAGUUGGUGAAGAGCAGCUCAACUGCUUCAGACUACUUCAGAGUGCUGAGGACCUACAGCUACUCGGACAUCCUGUUUGUGUCUAUCCCAUCAAAAAACAUGUUGGAGUUCAACCUGACCAAUGAGAAGCUGAUCCUGUUCUCCGCUAAAGCGCCACAGGUCAAACAUAUGAUCGACUACUUCCUCACGGAGCUCAAGAAGGAUUCAGAGUAUGUGGUGGCGGUGAGGAAUUACAUCACUGAGAACAGGAAUUACCUAAGCUUCCACAAAGGAGACAUCAUCCGGCUCCAGCACAUGGAUGGAGUGGAGUCCGGAAAACAAUAUGGCUGCAUUGUGAAGAAAACCGUCAUGCUUCUGGAAGAGUUGAAGAGGGACACUCCAGAGUUUGGUUGGCGGUUCGGGGCUGUUUUUGGAAGGUCUGGAGUUUUCCCCAGUGAUUAUGUCCAUCCUGUGGCUGCUCCUGACUUCCUGUUUCUGCCUGCUGAGCGCGUGGAGCCUCGGGACAGGCACGGGCGGGUUGCGGCUUCAGCUGCCGUUGCUGUGGCAAUGGGCUCAGCUGUAGCUGCUCAUGAACUUGAGCUCUCCACAGAGGUUGUAAAUGAGAUGUAUGGGGACAGCUGGAGUGUCAAAAUGGAUGAGCUCCCUCUGCACAGCAAUCAGUAUUUAAUGACUGAGUUUGCCAAGAAGUACUUCAGAGAAGCCCAGAGAAACAGGAGUGAUCAGAAAACCAAAAAAGGGAAGGAGGCCAGGGACCCCGGUGAUAUGGUCAAAUUCUCCAAGUCUCCAGUCUAUGAGUCUCUGAUUGACUUCUCUGACAGUGGGAUGAACAGAGUGGCUGCUGAUAUCUCCAUAGCCAUUAUGAAGUUUAUGGGAGACUUUCCAAUGAAAGGCCAGACUGAGCAGGACCUGCUCGCUACUAUACUAAAGUUAAGUAGCGACCAUGGCCUGAUAAAGGAUGAAGCCUACUGCCAAGUGAUGAAGCAGGUCACUACCAACACCAGUUCCAAACAGGAUAGUUGCCAGAGAGGAUGGAGGCUGCUGUACAUCCUAACAGCUUUUCAUCGCUGCUCCGAUGUCAUGAAGCCAUUUCUGCUAAGGUUCCUGCAGGAUGCCUGUGACAGCCCUGGGAUGCCAUACCAAGGUAUUGCCAAGGCUUGUCAGGAGAAUCUGAAGAGGACAUUCCAAUAUGGUGGACGUGUUCAGUAUCCCAACAGUAUGGAGAUCAAAGCUAUACUGGCUGGGCGGAGCUCGAAGAGACAACUUUUCCUGCUUCCAGGUGGGAUUGAGAGGCACUUGAAAAUCAAGACAUGCUCUGUUGCUUUGGAUGUGAUUGAGGAGCUUUGCUUGGAGAUGGGACUGCAGAGAUUGGAGGCUCUGGAUGAAUAUGCAGUCUUUCUGGUAACACACAGAGGUCAGAAUGUGCGUCCCCUGAACAAGCGUGAAUACAUCCUGGACAUCGCCACAGAGGCGGAGCCAGUGGACGGCAACUACAGUCUGUGGUUUAGAAGAGUGGUGUGGAGUCUGGCUCUUAAACUUGACAAUGAGCUUUAUGUCACCAUGCACUACAACCAGGUGUUACCAGACUACCUGAAGGCUUUGCUGGGUGUAGUUCCUCAGGGUAAGCCCAGUGACCAGCAUAUGCAACAGAUUGCCAGGCUGGCCGCCCUACAGCAUCGUGCCAAGGACGCCAUCUACCUGCCCACCCUGCGCGAGGUGCAGGAAUGUGUCCCCUCACAGUUCUACAGCAAACAGGGCUCACAACAAUGGCUGAAUGUGGUAACACAGCACAUGCAGUACGUCCAGCCCUUAAACCCAUACCAGGCCCGUGCACAAUUCCUCGGUCUGGUCAGUGCCUUCCCCAUGUUCGGCUCUUCUUUCUUCUUCAUACAGAGUUUGAGCUCUUCGUCUAUCCAGGCUCCGUGCAUCCUGGCUGUGAACCUGAACGGACUGCACUUUCUUAACAAGGACACCCACGACGCCAUGGUACGUUUCCCACUGAAGGAGGUACAGUCAACUCGCACCCAGAGACCAACUUCAGGCUCCAGUUACCCAUAUGUAGAGAUCAUGAUCGGAGACCUGCUCAACCAGCGAAUCACACAGCUGCAGCUGGAGCAGGGCCUCGAGUUGUGCCGAGUCAUUGCCAUGCACAUGGAGAACAUGCUGUCAUUCAGAGAGAAGAGACUCACCUUGCCACCAAGUGAAAUCACUCUGCUAUAGCACAGAAAUCCAGAUGGUUGCACACAGAGAUCACAGUUUAACGCCUCAUGAGUGCACUAUAUCUACCUCUAAAAUGUUUUAAUAUUUUCAUAUUUUUAUACUCUUUUAUUUUAUCCUUGCUUAGCACUUAAUGGAUGAAAUGUUCCCAUUUUACCGUCACGAUAAAAUACUAUUGUAUUAACAAUAAUGUGUGUUUAUUAACAUCAGUUUGUACCCAGCAAAGGAAGAAGGUCCUCUUGUUGCUGUGCAAACUGUUUUCCUGGCAGUUUACCAUUAUACAAAAAAAAUGAAUAUGUGUAAUUGAACAACAAACAUGUUUAACCUUAUCUUACCUGCUACAUUAGCAAAUGGUUAUGGUUUGACAUCAUGCACUGUCUUUCAUUAAACUUGCAUUACCCUCAUAAAUUCGAGAUGAGGUGUUCUUCUGGUUUAUGUGGGGAUUCAUUGCUAUAUAAGAUAGAAGCAAGAGAAGGCCAUCAAAGAAAUUUUUUUUUCCUCUUUGCCAUGUAAGCAAAGCCGAAGUACUCAUCGGAUAGUCGUAAAAAAGGGGCAGGUUUUGGUAAAUAAGGUUUGAAGCCACAGGAAUAGAUAGUUUGCACUCAAUAAAUGUUUAUUAGUACAAUGCAUAUUUUCUAAAUGAUUGUUCUCUACAACUAAUGUAUUUGAACAAUGCUGAACAUUAAAGGUCGUAGUAUAACCUC